AUGCAGUUAUGUAACGGGGAUGACUUGGGAAUUCACCAAUCCACUGUGUCUAGGAUUGUUCAAAGGGUCUCUACAGCCUUAACUCGACCACAUAUCAUUCAAAGAUAUAAAAUUGCCUACCGACGCUCAGACAAUUCACAGGCACCAGACAGACUUUCACGCAAUCGCCAAUUUUCCGGGAGUGCUUGGCGCUAUCGACGGGACCCAUGUAGGAUAUUGCGUCCUACAGUUAAUGAAGAAGAAUUUGUUAAUAGAAAAAACUUCCAUAGUGUUAAUGUGCAACUUGUCGUGGACGCACAUUGUCAUAUACUGGACAUAGUCGCCAAGUGGCCAGGGUCAACACAUGACGCAAGAAUUUUGCGAGAAAGUGGCAUUAGCCAAUUAUUUCAAACACCCGGACUAAUUCCUGUUAAAUGUCACCUUCUCGGUGAUAGUGGCUAUCCGUGCAAAAACUGGAUCCUGACUCCCUUCCUUAACCCUGCAACCCAACAGGAAAGAAGAUACAAUGGGUAA